AUGCUGCGCAAGCUCUCCUCGGCGCUCAGCCUAGAGAGACCUGUCAGCCCCCGUAUACACCCCGCCGCGGCCGUGCCACCAGCCGACGGCGGCGAGGCGGCGGCGGCAGCCGAGGCGGCGGCGGCAGAAGCGGCAGCAGCAGAGGAGGCUGAUGGAUUAGAGGCGCCCAGCCUGCGGGCAGAGAGCCUGCGUGCCACCUAUGGUUAUCAGCCCACCGUUAGCGUGGUGGUGCAGCAAGAGGCGUCAGAGGGUGGCAUGCCCGACAGCCGGGCGACGCACCCUGCACCAGGCGAGGCAGAGCACACAGCAGCAGCAGCAGAGCAGGGACAGCCUCCGCCCUUGCCCCCGCCGCCGGUGCGCGUGCCGGUGGUGGCGUUGACGGUUGCUGCCGGCGACGUGGCGGCGGCAGCGGCGGCGGCGCCAGCAGGUGGCAGGCAGCAGGCUGCAGCAGACGGCGGCACGCCCAUCGCUGCCUACAAGCGGCGGGGGCAACGCAUCUCUUUUGCGGAUGUGCCCAGCAUCUCGCCGCCGCCGCCGCCACCGGCAGCAGCAGCAGGGCCCGCCAAGCCGGCACCGCUGCAGCCCACGGGUCCGCCCAGCCAUGCAGGCCCGCGCAAGUCUCUGACCCGCACCAGCCUGCUGGCCAUUCCGAUGUACCCUGUCGCGCGCCUGAGCCGGCACGACAGCGAGGGCACAGGGGACGAUCGCAAGAGCUCGGUGUUUGACUUGCUGGACCGCAAGGGAGGCAAGCCGCAGGCGCGUUGGAGGGCGGGCCUCAACGCCUUCCUGCAGUCGGGGGCGUGCCUGGCCUCCUCCCUCCUGCUCACCAUCAUGAUCCUGUACAGCGACUCCCUGCGCCAGGCCUGCACCCCCAAGUCUGCCGACCCUUACUUCCUGGCCUUCACCAUCUUCGUGCUGGUGGCCUUCUGCCUGGAGGCGGCCGCCUCCUGCCUGGCCAACCCGCACUACGCCAAGAGCUUCUACUUUGUGGUGGACGUGGUGAGCAGCGCGUCGAUCCUGCUGGACAUACCCGCCAUCAUGGACCCGGUCAUCAACAGCGUGAGUGCGGUACAGUACUGCAUGGUGUACCGCCCGGCCAACGACGGCAACGGCGACAUGCAGCAGCGCGGGGGCCUGGAGAAUGCGGCGCAGAUCACGGCGGCCUCGACGCGGGCGGCGCGCCUGGCGCAAGUGACCAAGUGGCUGCGCCUGUUCCGCAUCAUGCGCCUCUGGGCCUUCUACUUCAAGCACAAGCAGUACAUCAUCGACCGCCGCACUUUCUUCGAGGCUGAGCUGGAGGCCAGCAGCCAGAGCCGGGUGGGCGAGAAGCUGACGGAGCUCACCAUCCGCAAGGUCGUCAUCAUGGUCCUAAUCGUCAUGUUUGCAAUGCCCGUGUUUGAUGUGUCGGUCGGGUACUACGGAGGGCCGCCCAUGCUGGACAAUGGUGGCCUCUCCAUGCUGCACGUCUCCUAUGGCGCGCUGGGCAACAGCAGCGCCUUCCAGGCCUCGCUUGAGGUGUACAUCGAGGAGACGCCGUACCGCCUGGGCCGAGGCCACACCGGCCAGAUGACUGACCUGGUUGUGUUCAACAACACAUUUGUCAGCGUGCCGGGCGGGGUAGAGGGGCUGCGCACGACUGAGUUUGCCAACUACACCAUGCAGAGCGGGUCGGGGUGCGCUGGCGGCGACGGCCCCUGCGACGUUUCCUUUGCCACAUUCAACGUGCACUGGGACUCCCAGAUACAGGGCCUGCUGGAGAUUGGGCGCACCACCUUCAUCAUCAUCAUCUUGCUCAUGGGGGCGGUGUGGUUCAUCGCAGACACCGACAGGCUGGUGCUGCAGCCGCUGGAGCGCAUGGUGGCGCUGGUGAAGGAGGUGUCUGAGAACCCUCUGGCCAAGGUGUCGCAGCUGGCGGGCGGCCGCAACGGUGCCUGCCCCGCCAAGGGCGGCGUCUCCGCCGCUGCCAGCAUCAGCAGCAAGCAGGACAAGGCACUGGAGACGCAAGUCCUGGAGAGUUCCAUCCAGAAGAUCUGCUCCCUGCUGUCGGUGGGCUUUGGGGAGGCGGGCGCCGAGGUGAUUGCCGACAACAUCAGGAGCGGCGGCGACCUGAACCCCAUGGUCCCGGGCCGCAAGGUGGCCGCCAUCUUUGGAUUCUGCGACAUCCGAUCCUUCACAGACGCCACCGAGGUGCUGCAGGAGGACGUGAUGGAGUUUGUGAACAGCAUCGCACAGAUCGUGCACCACGAGGUGUCGCUGCACGGCGGCGCCGCCAACAAGAACAUCGGCGACGCCUUCCUGCUGGUGUGGAAGCUGCCGGGCAGCCGGCGGGAAGCCGGGCGGUCCAGCCUGUCCCGCACGCGGUCCCAGGGCAGCGGCAUCUCACGCAUGUCCCGCGCCAGCUCGUCCCGCAUCUCUAUGCUCAUGGGCUGCGACCGCGAGCCGGAGCGCAAGGAGGAGGCAGCCAACAUCGCAGACCAGGCCCUGGCAUCCUUCAUCAUCAUACAGGCAAGCGGCGGUACUGCAGUCCCCCCGGUAGCCGCCCUCAAGCGCAGCGCAAAGCUCAAGGAGUUCUGCAGCAGGGAGGACCUGAGCCGCCGCCUGCCUGGCUACCAGGUCAACAUGGGCUUCGGGCUGCACGUGGGCUGGGCCAUCGAGGGCGCCAUCGGCUCCGAGCACAAGAUCGACGCCUCCUACCUGUCGCCCCACGUCAACAUGGCGUCCCGCCUGGAGGCCGCCACCAAGCAGUACGGCGCAUCCAUCCUGCUGUCAGACGACUUUGUGCGCAUGCUGUCGCCGGGGGUCAGGGCGCUGGUGCGCCAGGUGGACUGCGUCACCGUCAAGGGCUCCACCAAGCCCGUGGGCCUCUUCACCUACGACGUUGACCUGGGCGGCCUACAGGGCCUGCGCCUCAGCCAGCAGAAGUCGCUGAUGCGCCUUGCCUCCGCGACCUCCUCGGUGGCGGAAGACGCGGCGGCGGGCGCGGCGGCAGCGGCCGCAGCGGCCGUGGCGGCCGACAAGGCGGCGGUGCUGGCCGCGACGGCGGCGGCGGCGGGCAAGCACCCCGACAUUGUGAUGUCCCGGGGCGCAGACGCCGACUUUCUGGCCAAGUUUGGGGCAGGCUUCGAGGCGUACCGCUCCGGCGACUGGGCCGCCGCCCGAGGCGUGUUCAUGGAGACGCUGACCAUGCGGCAGGACAGAGCGGGGGUUCCCAUCCAGGACGGCCCCAGCGCCACGCUGCUGCGGGUGAUGGCGGGACACGACUUCCGGGCGCCCGUCAGCUGGGCCGGCUUCCGGGAGCUGACGGAGAAGUAG